AUGUCUUCUGCUCAACAACAAGCUCAGCAACAACAAAAGGCCACUGAAGAUAAAAAGAACUUGCCACAACUUGGAGCUCUUGAAGAAGACGACGAAUUCGAAGAAUUUGCUGCUGAAGAUUGGGGAGAAUAUGAAGAAGAUCCUGCAGAUGCACAUUUUUGGGAAGAUAAUUGGGAUGACGACGAUAUUGAAGACGAUUUUUCAAAGCAAUUACGUGCUGAGCUCGAGAAAGAUACAUCCCAGCCUCAACCUAUGAAAAUGUAA